GAUGGUUUUAUGUUGAUCAAACAAAAAAACACCCUUCUUUAAAGAAUCUAGUCUUCCUGUUAGUUUUGCUUACUGAAUUCUUUUUUUUCAAUGAAUGCCUAAGACAUGGUGCCGCAAACAAGAUCAGAAUACGGUUUCAUCGGCUACCAGGUGCCUGUGUUCCCUCGAGCUUCUAGAUCAGCAAGGGUUAGAGUACCAAUUAAGAAGAAAAGUGGGAAGAAUCAGAAACGUGCUUUUGAAAUUCUGGUUAGUGUAGCCGGUGAACUGUUGCAGGAACAAGAGGGUGAGAGGCAAUCUUCGAAGUUCAACCUUUCUGAUCAGGAAACUUGUGAUGAGAAAACGUCGAUCAAUUACCGACAAAUCUAUACAUUGAAUAAGUUUUCCUGUGCUCCGGACCGGUUUAAUUUGAAAGCCUGUUCGAAUUUAAAGAGCUUUGAUCAGUUGGCUAAUGUCAGUGGUAGAAAUGCUAACCUUUCUGCUGCAGUGGGCAUUCCUUCUCUUGUAUCUCCGGAAUUUUUCGAAGGGAAACUAAAGGAUGCCGGAGGUGAGCUUUCAAUCAUUCAAACUGUAAAAAGUGAAACUCUUCCACUUACAGGCAGUUUGGAUGUGUUGGAAAGGGACCGCAAACCUUCCAGUUUUUUCUGUUCAGACAGCAAGGCAUACAUGUUCAAGGAUUGGUUAACUUUUGAUCCUUCUAGGCAUUCUAAUGCUAUAGAGAUGAUCAAUAGAGAUGAUGAAAAGAAUUACUUUGGUUGCAGUCAGGCAGCAACCACAUUGAAGGCCUUUAGGGUGCCAUCGAACAUUGCAGAUCGAGGAAUUAAGAACCUGUCUUCUUCCCGAUAUUGGAGAGUAUCUUCGAAUUUGAAUGGUGGGGCUUCCAUUAGAAAUGAUGGGAAAAGAAGAAUGCUUUCCCAUGAUGGGAGGACUAGUUAUGGUCAUCGAAGAUCAAAGAGGAUCUCUCCUUUCGAGAGAAGAUGCUUCUUCAAUCACCUCCCGUUCUCUGGGUCGGAUAGAGGCUUUCAGCUUGAUGACAGAUUCAAUUCCGCUAACAAGAGAAGCGAUGGUGACAACUCUAGUGCAGCCAUUAGAGUGGGAUCCUCAAUCGCAAGCCCUCGUAAUCAUCUUGUGUCCCGAGAACGUAAUGUGAAGAUCCGGAUUAAAUCCUUUACGGUUCCAGAGCUCUUAGUUGAGAUUCCUACGACUGCUACUGUUGGUUCACUAAAAAGGACAGUCACGGAGGCAGUGACUACUGUACUCGGAGAUGGCUUACGUGUCAGCAUCCUUCUUCAAGGAAAGAAGGUUAGAGGCGACGGAAAAACUCUACUUCAGACUGGUAUUUCUCGAGAUGGCAAGCAUCGUAAUUUGGGGUUUUUGUUGGAGCCUAGAAACAUGAAGAUUAUACCUCCUCCGUGCCUGGGAGAGCGGAGGAUAACAAGGCAUGCAACGUUUUUUACACUAGAACCGGGGACUGCUGGUGUCUCCCUUGUUCCCCCAUUGAUUGGUUGCAAUCAUAGUGCUGAAAGUGACCUGCAUCUAAUUCCCAACAUAUCAACUAAUUCUAAUAUUCCGAGUUCUCAAUCUGUACUAUCGAUAUCGGCCAUUAGUGUGGAGGCAUUGACUUUGGUUCCAGUUCAUCACAGAGCUAGACGCCAUGAGUUUGUCCAGCGGCGCAUUAGAAGGCCCUUCUCUGUUUCAGAAGUAGAAGCAUUGGUCCAGGCAGUCGAGAAACUAGGAACCGGAAGGUGGCGUGAGGUCAAAGUACGCGCUUUUGACAAUGCUAAGCAUCGUACGUAUGUUGAUUUGAAGGAUAAGUGGAAGACAUUGAUCCAUACAGCAAGAAUCUCCCCUCAGCAAAGGAGGGGAGAACCUUUACCACAAGAGCUUUUGGACCGUGUACUUGCUGUCCAUGCCUAUUGGUCCAAACAGCAGGCUACGCAGCAACUUGAAUCAGGUGUCUGAGUUUCGACUUGAUCUCUGGUCAGUCUUGUAAAUAUGAUAUAUAGUGAUAUCUUCUGUAAAUGAUAACUAUGUAGUAUGCUCACAUUCAAAGUUGAUCUGAAACCGAAAUACCGGCUUUGUUGGAUAUAGUUCGAGUCCAUUUACAUGA